AUGGGUCCCGGUCGGCGCAUGAAGAAGCAAGGCCCUCCGGCCACCCUUGAAGAACUUGGCCUUGGUUUGAAAAGAAAGUCGGGCAAUUCUACCGCCAAAGAGCCCGCCUCGAAGAAGCGCAGAAAGUCGACAGAGGAUCAAGAAACUCCGGUCAAGAAACUGGUCAAUUUGGACCGAGCCCUGAGACAGGAUAUCCCAGUAGCUCCUGCGGCACCGGUACAAGAGAAGAACAAGAAAAAGAAGAAGGCAAAGAUCCCAAACACCGAUGCCCAGAUCACCGUACCACCUCAAUUUGCCCUCGAUGAGGAAUUGGAGGCCGCAAGCGACGAUCCAGAUGAGGAUGUUGCAGGAAUACCGUUGGACGAGGCUUCGCUGUCAGAACUUGACGACGACGAGCUUGAGGGGGUACUAGAGGAUGAAGUUUCAGACGAUUCGGUCUUUGACUCGGACCCUGACGAUCAACCACGACGAAUGUUCUCCGACGACGACGAUGAAUCAGACGCCGAGGCCAAACUCACCGCAGCGAACAUCGAAGGGCUCUCAAGAAAACUUGACGCCCAACAAGCCGAAGUAGAGGAAGAGGCUCAACGAGAACUAGAGGAUGCGGCGAUGCAGACCAACAUAGCGAAGGACGAAGGCAUCCUUGACUCGGUCGCUGCCCCAGGCAUCGCCCCAGACUUGGCCAUCGUCAGAUCUCGAAUCACAGAAACAAUUCGUAUCUUGGGUGACUUCACAAAGCUCGCAGACUCAAGCAAGUCGCGGACCGAUUAUACUACACAACUCCUCGCCGACAUUUGCACCUAUUACGGCUAUACGCCCUACCUGGCCGAAAAGCUGUUCUCCUUGUUCACUCCCUCCGAGGCAUUUGCAUUUUUUGAAGCGAACGAAACACCCCGCCCCGUUGUGCUGAGAACCAACACACUACGGACAAACCGUCGUACCCUCGCUCAAGCUCUCAUCAACCGAGGAGUUGUUCUGGAGCCUGUCGGGAAAUGGUCCAAGGUGGGAUUACAAGUCUUCGAGGCACCAGUCCCUCUGGGAGCAACCCCCGAAUACCUAGCCGGCCACUACAUCUUACAAGCGGCAUCCUCCUUCCUCCCCGUCAUGGCGCUCGCCCCGCAGCCCAACGAACGCGUGCUAGAUAUGGCCGCCGCGCCCGGCGGCAAGACCACCUACAUAUCGGCACUGAUGCGCAACACCGGUGCCGUGUUCGCCAACGACGCGAACCGCCAGCGCGCCAAAGGUCUCAUCGGCAACAUCCACCGGCUCGGCUGCAAAAACACCAUCGUCUGCCACUACGAUGCACAGAAAGCCUUCCCCAAGAUCCUCGGCGGCUUUGACCGUGUCCUCCUCGAUGCGCCUUGCUCGGGCACGGGAGUCAUCGGCAAAGAUCCCAGCGUCAAGACCUCCAAGACGGAGCGUGACUUCCUCGCCCUACCGCACAUGCAGAAACAGCUGCUGCUCGCAGCCAUUGACUCCACUGACCACAAUAGCAAAACCGGUGGGUACAUCGUGUACUCGACGUGUUCGGUGACGGUCGAGGAGAAUGAGGGUGUCGUGAAUUAUGUGCUACGGAAGCGGCCGAAUGUGAAGAUCGUUGAGACGGGCCUGGGAUCGUUCGGUACGCCGGGCUUCAAGAGCUACAUGAACAAGCGCUUUGCGGAGCGUAUGGAGCUGACAAGACGGUACUUCCCGCACCGCGAGAACGUCGACGGGUUCUUCGUGUGUAAACUGAAGAAGACAGGCCCACUACCGAAGGAGGCGGUCGGUGACAAGGCGAAUGGCACGGUGGGGGCUUCUCAGGUCGAUGCCAUACCGGUGAAUGGCGAGAAGAGUGCGAGUGUUUCGAUUGGCAAAGGGAGUGGUGAGGAGGCAGAGGAUGAUUUUGGAGGGUUUGAUGAUGAGCAGGAUAUGGAGAUCAUUCAGCGUGCCGAGAAGAAGUGGCGGAAGGCGAGAGGGCUGGAUCCUCGCGCGACUGGUGAGGGUGAGGCCCAUGGGAAGAAGGAGUUGAAGGCCAGCAAGGCUGCCAAGAAGGCGAAGAAGAUCAAUGGAACCGAGAGCAAGUCGAAGUCUGCGUCUGGAAAGGCGGAGAAAUCGAAGAAGAAAUGA